CGUAUUCGAUAGCUGCCAGGGGUAAUCCGCUAAGUCCACGUCAGGUACAUAAUGCGGGACGGCCCUCCGAAGCUCCCAACCGUGCAGAUAACGCCAUAGGUAUAUCAGGCACACCGCGCCUCGUUGCCGUGUGAUAGGUAUUUUUAUGUUGUGAUUGACUGACACCUAACCUGUCGAAACUCGCCUACGCGAUACGUGAUUCUCCAGCGGGCUGAGGGUUAGAAACUGUCGCUUGACGUUUAGAAUGGAAUACAAGCGCCAACCACCGUCGACCGACGCCGCGUGGCAGCAGCGCCCGCAGAUCAGGCCGCGCCUCAUCAUCCACGGCGGCGCCGGCAACAUCACGCCCAAGGGGCUGGGACCGGAUGGGUACAAGGCGUAUCGGCAAUCACUCCUUACCAUCGUCUCCAAGGCAGACGUCUACAUGCGGCAGCCAGUCCCCUCGCCGCGCGGCGGCGCGCCGCAGUACCCGUCGGCGCUCGAGGUCGCGACGUACGCCGUGACGCUGCUCGAGGACGACCCGCUGUACAACUCGGGGCGCGGCGCCGUCUUCACGCGCGACGGCGUCAACGAGCUCGACGCCUCCGUCAUGGUGUCGCGCGGGCGCGCGAAGCGCGGCGUCGGCGUCACGGGGCUCCGGCACGUGCGGAACCCCGUGCUCCUCGCGCGCGCCAUGCUCGAGCACGGCGACGGCGACCUCGCCCGCGGCGCCGAGGCCGAGGGCGCGGGCGGGCCGCACCUCGACGUGCCGUCGGCGCAGGGCCACACGAUCCUCUACGGCGCCACCGCCGAGGUCCUCGCGCGCCGCUACGGCCUCGCCCUCGUCGACCCGAGCUACUUCUUCACGCAGCGCCGGUGGGACGAGCACGUGCGGGCGCUCGAGCGCGAGCGCGGCGGCGACGGCGUCGCGACCUGGUCCGCCGACGAGUACCUGCCGCAGGGCACGUGCGGCGCCGUCGCGCUCGACGCCGACGGCGUCGUCUGCGCCGCCACGAGCACCGGCGGCCUCACCAACAAGCUCACCGGCCGCAUCGGCGACACGCCCGUCGUCGGCGCCGGCUUCUGGGCCGAGGAGUGGGCCGAGGAGGCGGCGGCGGCCGAGAGCGCGUGGCAGGCCGGGGGCGGGAGAAGCCUGAGCCAGGGUCUGCCGGGCCCCGUCGUCGAGCUGUCGGCCGGCCUCCGGCGCCUCCUCGCAGACUGCCUGCCGGCGCCCUUCGCGUACUCCCCGCUCUCGCUCGCGCCGCUGACCCCAGUGGGGCCGGACGCCCGAGCGACAGCGACAACGACAACGCGCUCCCUCGCCCUGUCGGGCACCGGCAACGGCGACUCUUUCCUGCGGGUGGCUGCGGCGCGCACGGCGGCGGCGAUCGCGCGCUGGGGCGGGGCGUCAGGGUCCGAUGCGGUGCGGCGCGUCGCCGGCGCGGGCGGGGAGCUGCAGCGCAGCGCGGGCGACCGCUGGGGCCUCACGGGCGAGGGCCAGGGAGGCAUAAUCGGCGUCGAGAGCGUGGUCACGCGCGACGCCAGCGGCCGCGUCGUCGCCUCCCGCGCCCGCGUGCUCGACGAGUACAACUGCGCCGGAAUGUUCCGCGCUUGGGUCGACGACGAUGGUAAGGCCGUCGUUAGGGUCUUCCGGCCGGGGGAGAACGGCGAGGAGACGUUCGAGGGCGAGGGCCGGCCGGAGGACGUCUGGCGUUGGAGCGGCGAGAAGGCAUAG